UUCCGGUUACGUCACAAACCGGAAGUAGCAUGCCUGCUGUUGUUGACACUUCGCACCCAUAGCAAUACAGAGAGGAGGCUGCCAUUUAAUAUACGUUCGUGCUUUAAAGAAACGUCUGUUAUUUACCGGACUAUGUGCUGGUGUUUAUCUGGUCUUCAUUCGCCGUUUUGUUGACUGGUUGUCAGUUUAGUCUCCGCUGACGCUGCUAACUUUGCGACGUAGCUAGCUAAAGAGGCUAGCCGUUAAUGGGGGAGAGUUAGCUAAGUAGCUAUUAGGAAGCCAUGGGAAUGACUUUUAAGCUAAGCUAAUAUAAGUUAACGGUAUACUUCACACGGCAGCCUUUAUUGAGGCUUCGUACUUGGAUCUCCUUGGGACAACACAGGCAAAACAAGAUGGCUAUGGAGCUGGAUGUGUUCGUGGGCAACACCACCAUCAUGGAUGAAGAGGUUUACCAGCUGUGGUUGGAUGGAUACACAGUGAAUGAUGCAGUGAAGGUACGAAUGGAAGGAGGAGUGAUGGAGGAGUGUGAGGCCAGUGCAGAUGUUCUGCUGAGUGACACCAUGGACCAGUACAGGACUUUCCAGAUGUGUGAGCGUCUGCUGUACAGUCCAGCCAAAUUAGCCAACCAGCUACUGUUCCAGAUCCCUCCUCAUCGACAAGCCAUCCUCAUAGAGAGAUACUAUGCCUUUGAUGAUGCGUUUGUCCGUGAAGUCCUGGGAAAGAAACUAUCCAAAGGAACAAAGAAAGACUUGGACGAUAUCAGUGCCAAGACAAAUGUGACACUGAAGAGCUGCAGACGACAGUUUGACAACUUCAAACGUGUUUUCAAAGUUGUGGAGGAGCUGAAGGGACCCCUGGUGGAGAACAUACGUCAGCAUUUUCUUCUCUCCGACAAGCUUGCAAGAGAUUAUGCUGCCAUUGUUUUCUUUGCCAACAAUCGCUUCGAGACGGGGAAAAGAAAGCUGCAGUAUCUCACUUUCCAGGACUUUGCUUUCUGUGCCGGGCAGCUUAUCAACAACUGGACCGUGGGGGCUGUCGAUAACAUGGUGGAGGACAUGGACGUGGAUCUCGAUAAAGAGUUUUUGCAAGAGCUGAAAGAACUGAAGAUUUUAAUCACUGACAAAGAUCUGCUGGAUCAACACAAAAGUCUGGUCUGCACAGCUCUCAGAGGAAAGACUAAAGCUUUUAAUGAGAUGGAGGCUAAUUUCAAGAAUCUUUCCAGAGGCCUUGUCAACAUCGCUGCCAAGUUAACCAACACGAAAGAUGUCAGAGAUUUCUUCAUUGAUCUUGUGGAGAAGUUUAUUGAGCCGUGUCGCUCGGACCGAUGGACCGCAGCGGACAUGAAACUCUACCUCACUCACUACACCAACUCGGCUCACAUACUCGACACAUUCAAACACCAAGUUGUGUGGGACAGAUACAUGGGCGUCAUCAAAAGCUGUAUCUUCAAAAUGUUUCACGACUGAAGCGUAUUUCUUCCCCUGCUUAUUUUUUUUCCCUGUCCCCCCCCCACCCCACUGAAGCCGUUAUCUCAGCCCCUCCAGUUCGUACUUUCUCUGUUUUCGAUUCGUCAGCGGUGAUAAUUUCUUCGCUUUCAGCCUCCCUGCUUGAAUCGAGUGUCUGUAAAUCUGAUUUGUAAAUAAAAUUAACACAUUUUCAUCAAAAUGUCA